AUGUCGAAAGUCGACCCGACGAUUCAAGCCCUGCUGGAAGCAAUGGUAGUACAGCAAAAAGCAUCCGAUCAAAGAAUCGAAGCCCUUCUCCAGCAGCUCGCAGCGCAACAGCCAGCGGCGCAGCUGCCAGCAGCACCGGCCUGCUCGCUGCACAAGGACCUCGCCGAACGCAUGGAGAAGUUCGCUUACAGCGCAGAGGACAACGCAACAUUCGAGCAUUGGUAUGCGAGGUAUGAGACAAUUUUCACGAUAGACGCGGCAGUGAUGGACGACCAAGCGAAAGUUAGCUUGCUGACUGAGAAGCUUUCCACCACGGAUUUUGACAAGUUCGCGAAUACAAUCCUCCCUCGCACUAAGGCCAACAUUCCAUUCAACGAUGCGGUCACUGUUCUCAAACGAAUUUUCGGCCGGAAAGAAUCGCAAUUUGCCCUCCGGUACAAAUGUCUCAAAGUCGUGAAGGAACCGCACGAGGAUUACGCCGAGUAUGCUGCCCGCGUCAAUCUCAAGUGCGAGAAGUUUAAUAUCGCAAGUUGCUCCGCAGACGAUCUCAAAGUGCUCAUCUUUGUGCAGGGCCUCAACAAGCCAGAAGAAUCGCAAACGCUGGAAAAAUUGCUAAACAAGAUGGAGAGCCAGGAGAUGCAGCGAGAGGCGGCAGCCGACGUCGCAGCCAGAGAAUUGAUUCCCAAGCUGAAGUUAGAAGACGCGGUCAAUUUUGCAAUGCGGUUAAGCAGCUUGAAGCUUGAGAAAUCGAUGGUGUUGAACCCAGAAACCGCAAAGCAAAGUGAUGUACUGGCAAUUCACCGGAAGCAGCACGCGAAAAGUAACAAACCGCGAGCAAAUGCUGAGACGACGACGCCAGCGGCUCACAGCGGGGAGGCCGCCAAAGCACGAUUCCCGUGCUGGAGCUGCGGCGAGAUCCACUUCGCGAGCAAGUGCCCUUUUUUGGCUGAGCAGUGCCCCACAUGUAAGCGCACCGGCCACAAGGAUGGCUACUGCGAGUCAGCUGGCCGGAAGCCACGCUUCGGACGACGAAGCAGCAAGGUAGUGAAUGCGAUGUCUAUAGUGACUCGCAAAUUCGUUGAACCCGAAAUUGGCAAUACCAAGUUAAAGCUGCAACUCGACUCCGGAUCUGAUUGGACGAUCAUCUCGGCCAGUAACUGGAAGGUCCUCGGAUCACCCAAGCUGCGCGACUGUGAGGAACAAGCCUUGAGUGCAUCAAAUGACCCAAUAAAAAUACUAGGUAAAUUCAACGCUCGAUUAAAAUUGCAUGGCCGCGAGAACUCCGGACCGUGUUACGUAGCAGCAUCGGAUCUUAACGUGCUCGGAAGCGAUUGGAUGACUGCACUCGACCUGUGGAAUAUACCGUUCGCCAGCAUCUGCAACUCCAUCAACAGCACCAGCGCGACGGAUUUAGAGAGGGAGGUGAAGUCGAGAUUUCCCCCGCUGUUCGCUGAUUCGUUGGGCUGCUGCAACAAAAUGAAGGCGUCACUCACCCUGAAGCCGGGAUCACAGGCCGUUUUCCGUAACAGACGCCCAGUCCCGUUUGCCGCGGCCGAACAAAUCGCCAACGAGCUGAAGCGGUUGCAGUUGAUGGGCGUCAUCAUCCCCGUCGAGUACUCCAAAUACGCCGCGCCACUCGUUGCUGUCAAGAAAAAGGACGGCAGAACACGAAUCUGCGCCGAUUAUUCCACCGGGCUCAAUGACGCUCUCGAGCCGAACCAAUAUCCGCUCCCAACACCGGAGGAAAUCUUCGCGAAACUGUCCCGAUACCGUGUUUUCAGCAAAAUCGAUUUUUCGGACGCGUUUUUGCAGGUGGAACUCGACGACGAUGCGAAAAAACUGCUAACAAUCAACACACACUGCGGCCUGUUUCAAGUGAAUCGCCUUCAACCCGGCGUCAAGACGGCACCAGGAGUGUUCCAACAGCUGAUGGACACGAUGAUGAGCGGCGCAGAGGGGGCGUUUCCAUUUAUAGAUGACUUCAUCGUCGGAGGGACCGACGAAAAAGACCACCGCAAAAACCUCUUCGAAGCCCUGCAACGUAUCCAGGACUACGGCUUUCACCUUAAACUCAAGAAAUGCUCAUUCGCGCAGAAGCAACUCGAGUUUCUCGGCAACAUCGUUGACGCGGACGGCCUGCGACCGAACCCCGAGAGAAUCCAAACGCUGAAGCGCAUUCCACCGCCGGAAGACAUCCAACAGCUCCAGGCUUUUCUCGGGGCGGUCGCAUGGUAUGGAAAGUUCAUCCCACACCUGAACGACCUCCGAGGGCCGUUGAACGAGCUGCUCCGCUCCGACGUCAAGUUCGAGUGGCAGUCAGUCCAUCAGGAGGCUUUCGAGAAGAUCAAGAACGUCCUCGCUUCCGAUUUGGCACUCACGCACUACGACCCGUCAAAGAAAAUUAUCGUAGCAGCAGACGCGUCGAGCUACGGUAUGGGAGCGGUACUUCUCCAUGAAAUGCCGGAUGGAACGCGUCGACCGGUCAUGCACGCCGCAUCAUCGUUCAGCAAAGCUGAGAAGAACUAUCCGCAAGUCCAGCGAGAGGCCCUGGCCCUGACGUUUGCAGUACGUAAGUUCCACCGAUACAUAUAUGGGCGCAGGUUCGAGCUCCAGACAGAUCACCAGCCGCUGCUUGCCAUCUUCGGAGCGAAGGGAGGUAUUCCCGUUUUCACGGCCAGCCGCCUGCAGAGAUAUGCACUCAUCCUGCUUGCCUAUGAUUUUGAAAUACGCUACGUCAACACCAAGAGCUUCGCGUACGCUGACUUCAUCUCGCGGCUUAUUGAGAGACACGAGCGAGCAGACGAAGACGUCGUCAUCGCUACAACAACCAGCAACGAAGGUACGGCGAGCGUAAGAACCCCCAUCGCCAGCAUCAGGCAAGAAGACGCCAGCGCCGAAUGUUUUGCCAUCGAAACAACAAAAACUCUUCCAAUCACAUUUGAGGCCAUGAAAGCCGAAACCAAUAAGGACGACGCGACGAGGCGACUGCUCUCAUACGUCGAAAACGGAUGGCCGCAGCAUGCGAAACAAAUUCAGGACCCGACCGUCGCGAGGUUUUUCCCUAGACGGGAUUCACUGAUUGCCAUCAAGGGCUGCGUUUUCCUCGGCGAUCGUGUCGUUGUUCCAGCUCGCUACCGGCAAACGGUCCUCAAGGAGCUGCAUGCUGGACAUCCAGGAAUGGCCCGCACGAAACUGUUUGCUCGCAGCAAAGUGUACUGGCCGGGCAUUGACGACGACAUUGAGAGAGCCAUCAAGAACUGUAAGGAAUGCGCAGUCAACUCCAAAACACCGAACAAGUGCACGCUGAAGUCAUGGCCCAUUCCGAAGGCCCCAUGGUCGCGCAUUCACCUCGACUUCGCCGGCCCGGUGAACGGUCUCUACUAUCUUGUCAUCGUCGAUGCACUCACUAAUUGGCCCGAGAUUUUUAAAAUGACAAAGAUUACGACAGCAAAGACAUUGGAAUGUCUCGAAGAGGUAUUUGCGCGACAGGGACUCUGCGACACGCUGGUCUCAGACAAUGGCCCGCAACUCGUGUCAAGAGAGUUUGAAGACUUCUGCACACAGAAUGGAAUCGACCACAUCAAAACGCCGCCGUAUCACCCGCAAUCAAACGGCCAGGCCGAGCGGUUUGUAGACUCGCUAAAGACGGGACUCAGGAAGCUCGAUGGCGAGGGAAAUGCCGACAGAGUCCUUCGGAGAUUCCUAUGUUGCUACCGUUACACGCCAUCAUUUGCGCUUGGAAUGAAGUCGCCGUUUCAGCUGAUGACCGGCCGCGAAAUGAGAACAAGGUUGGAUCUACUGAAGCCACGUAACGAGCCUUCGAAAGAGCGGAACACGAAAAUGGAGCAGCAGUUUGACGAGCGCCACGGUGCUAAAUGGAAAGAGUUUGAGACCGGAGAAGAUGUGUUCGUCAAAAUUUUUUCCAAUAACAGUUGGAAGUGGACCCCAGGAACAAUUACCAAACGUUGCGGGACUGUCAGCUACAUCGUUCUCGUCCAAACACCAACGGGCGAACGCAAAAUCAAGGCACAUGCGAACCAUCUGAAAAAACGUUUCACCUACUUGGACGACAGAACCAUCACGCUGCUCGAUGACUUCGAUCUUCCCAUCCCGAUGCAGCGAGCCGCUGAACCAGAAGUUCACCCAGAAUCGGAACAAGAAUCAGAUGAAGACAACUUUGAGGAUGCAGUCGAAGCUCCAUGCUGCGACAUCCAAGAAACUGAGACGGGCCCACGUCGCUCAGCCCGUGCAAAUAAAGGAGUCCCGCCAGAUUAUUACGUCCCUUCACACUAA